AUGCCAAGAAAUCAUUUAAUUAUUUUACCUUGUCACGGAAUCUGGAAAAUUGAUUCAGCAUCGGACGAUAACAAUUAUGGUCAAUUAUCAGAUCAGUGGUAUUUAGCACCAUUUCAACUUGAAGGUAAUGAUCACUUAGUCUUUAUUAAGCAAUCUUUAAAAGCGAUCGAAGAACUAUUACUUGAUUAUGAAAACAGUGUUAUACUAUUUAGCGGUUCUCAAACGAAAAUAGAUGCCGGUCCAAUAAGUGAGGCUCAAUCAUAUUUUCUACUGAUGAAAAAAUUAGUAAAUUUAGCUACUACUAAAGAUGGUUUCGAACAGUUGACUUCAUUAUUUGAUAUAGAGAUCAGGAUAUUACUAGAAAACAUUGUUAAACAACUGGAAUCGAAUAAUAUAAGUGUCAACACACUCUUUUCCAAUGGAUAUAUAAACACAGAGGAAUAUGCAUUAGAUUCUUUUGAUAAUUUAUUAUAUUCCAUACUUCGAUUCAAAGAAAUUACUCAGUGGUAUCCUAAACAUAUUACUAUUAUAGGAUUUGGUUUUAAAGAAUCAAGAUUUUUGAAUUGUCAUGCAAGAGCACUAGAUAUCCCUAAGGAUAUUAUUCGUUAUAUUUCAUAUGAACCUGAACCUUUAAAUUAUUCACAGGAACAAUUGAAUAGAUAUUUUGAGAAUUUGAUAUAUAUGGAAAAGAAGAAUGCUCUUGGUUUGUUUGAAAAUGAUUGGUAUGCAAGGAAAAAUAGUUUAACUAAAAAGAAAAAUGGCAGAAAUCCAUAUAAAAGGAUAGCAAGAUAUGAUGGUCUCAAAAUGUUUCAUUUUAAUGAAACAGAAUUGACAGAUAGUGAACAUUUCAAAAAAUAUGUUGAGGGUAAAAUGCCAUGGUCGUAUAAAGAAUGGUAG